AUGAAUAAAAAUCUUGAUAAGUUAAAACAAUUUUUUCGUAGUAAUAAAACUAACAGUUCUCAAGAAAAAGUAUACAUAUUGAAUCAUGAGAAUGAAAACGAUUUACGCAGAGAAACAAUCGAAAAGAGAAUAAAACUCCUUCGAGAUUUAGGCGACAUUGUUAUGUCUCAUCGUUUAGAGGAGUAUGCCAUUCAAAAAUUAUGGUCCCUUACAAGUGAUUUGAUAGAGCCACAAAACAAUUUCGAAGCAAGGCAAGCUGCUCUCAUUUUCUACACAAAACUUAUUCAAGGUCAAUACCGGGAUCUUUCAAUGAUGAGAAUGCAUUUCUUCCGGCUUAUCCAAAAUCAUAAUGUUCCUAUAGAUUUGCCCUAUUGUCUUCAGAUGUUUAAAGCGUUGACAGAUAAUGGACGUGACAUUCAAAACUUUGAAGAAGAAAUCGGUAUUUUCAUGUUGAAAUGGAUUGAUCAAAUCAUUGAGGGUCACUUAACAGCUCCAUAUUUGGAACUUGUUGUUAACAUAAUAAAAUUCAACACUGCGUACAUUGACAGAGAAGUCAUAGUAGGAAUUGUUCAUCGAGUGUGUAACGAUGUUUGUAUUCAAUUUAUGAACGAUCAAGCAACGUUUUUGCAAUGCUUGUUUGUAAUUGAAACAGUUAUUUGCUAUACAGUUUUCCCAAAUGAGAUUCUAGCACCUUGUAUUAUCGUAUUAUGUCGCGCAGUGAAAACUCAAGCAUACCUAGAAACAUCUUAUAGAAUCAUGAGGAAUUUACUUGGUACACAGCUUGGAUAUGCUUCACUUUUAACCAUGACAAGUAUGCUAAAUGAAAGUCGAUACUAUAUUGAUUCUCAAGUUCUGAGAGGUGCUGUGUUUCACACCAACAUGAAUCUCUGGGGAGGAAAUAACAGUUCACUUCAGAAUGGUAUUAAAUAUUCAUCGACUGUACUUUCAAGCUACUUAAAAGCUCUCCAGUCCAAUCAUACAAUUGUGACACUUGAAGUUAUCAUCAGCAUUCAAACACUGUUAAACAAAUGUGGCAACGAUUUGAGUGAACCUUCAUGGGACAUUGUUGUAGAUAUUCUUGAACGAAUUCGAGAGAACAUGAUGCGUGAUCAAAUUCCGUCUGAUUUAGAUUUGAGGUUCCACAAUAUUAUAGACAGAAUUGAAGUUUUGAUUGACAAAAAUCUUCUAAAUGCUGAUGUUAAUAAAAUUUAUAAUCUCAUCGAGAAAAUAAGCAACCGAAGACCUGAAUCAUCAGUUAUGAAAUUAAUAAGCUUCAGAGUAUCACAAAUUUCACCAGUGCAAUUAGGGUGGUUAGAGAAAUUGGCACAUUUAAUGGAACGAUUUUAUAGAAAAGAAAUCAAUCAAAAUGUUCGAAUAUCGAUGAUUGAGCAUUUAAAGGAAAUCAUAAAUAUAAAUCGCAUUUGCUAUGAAGAUGAAAUAUUGGAAAAGAUUGUUAUUGUGACAUUCUGUGACAUUUCUCAAGAAUUGGAUAUGAAGGUGCGCGUUGCAGCUUGUAAGCUUUUGCUUGACAUUUGUUCGCAUUGUGAUACUAAACGUUGCCUAGAAUUAUUUGAUAUACUUGAAAAAGUUAUCAAUCAUCCGUUUGAUGUUUACAAUCUUGAAAGUAAAAUAACAAAAAAUGAAAAUGAUUUUGAAGAUGCAAUUGCAGUCGUUAAUGGACUUAUAAAUUUGUUUUUGGAAAAACUGUAUCAACUUCCUUCUAAUCAUGCUGUUAGAAUAUAUUACAUCUUAAUUGGGCAUCUCGAGACUCAUUAUAUUUAUCCGAAAGUAUUUGAAAACAUAGUUCAAGUUCGAUAUACGAUUAUCAAUUGGAUGCUUAAAAUACGUGCCAAUUCAUGCUAUCAAAUCGGUUAUCCAACACCUCGACUAAUAAGUGAUCAAUUCAAGUUCACUCAUUAUAUUUCAAUUGAUGGAGAUCAUCAUCAUCAUUACCAUCAAUAUCAUCAACAGUCUGUAACUCCUUCUACUCAAGAUAUUCCACCAAAUGAUGAAAGAUCUUUGGAUGGAUAUGGAUUAAGUAAUGUAACAACACUUUCCUUCAGACGAGGUUGGGACAUCAUUGUUAAAUGCUUGAAUAUGGAUAAAGAUUGGCCUAUGGUUCAACUCGUUUUACGUGAACUUCCGAAAAUAAUGCAAAAUAAGACUUUGAUACGAGGAAAUGAUAUAGAUGGACUGGGAAAUGCUUUAGUUUCGCUAUUCAAAGGAAAUUAUACGAAGGAAAAAUUCAUCGAACAUUUUACAACAUCAAAUGAGCAAAAAGAUUUUCGAGCUUUGAUGAUACCUGCAGUUGCGAGUUUGAUUACAUACAACACACUGUCCAUACCGACUAAGAAGAAAAUUGUUGAAGUUUUAAAAUCUGAACUUAGAAUAGAUGGAAACUUAAGCAUUUGCCUUCAAGCUUUCACAAUAUUGUUGAUUGAAAAGUGUGAAAUAUUUGAACGUCAGUUGGGAGAUAUAAUUUUAACACUUACUAAAGUUUCGGAUACAGUAAACGUAGCAAUUCCUAUACUUGAGUUCCUUUCGACACUUGCUCAUCUUCCUUAUCCUACAAAUUUAAGUCAGAAGCAAUUUUCAUAUGUUUUCGUUACUUGUCUACCAUAUACGAGUCCCGCACGUUAUGAUCAUUACACAGUAUCUUUAGCACAUCACAUCAUUGCCACGUGGUUUCUAAAAUCUCGUAUAAUGUGGCGAAAAAUUUUUGCUGAUUAUAUUAUUGAAGGUAUUGCCAAGAAUAUAGAAAAAUCAAUAAGAGAUGCCAAAGUUCAACAAGCACAUGCAAUACCUGAUCAGGAUGUCAAAGAACUUCGAAAUGAAGAUUCAUCUUUACGUAAAAGAAGUUCAAGCUUAACAGAACAGUCAAGCCGUCGUCGUGAAGUGAAUAAUCCACAAGUUUUAAAAAUGAAGCAAAAAAUGCAAAGUCUUCAACAAGCAACUAUCAACAACUUUGAUAUGGAUGCAUUUCAUAUUGAAUUAAUUGAGACUUGUAUUGAUUUUAUGGCACGUAAUACAUUCUCUCAAUCAUCAGCUUUACCUAGAAGACUCCCAGCUGCUGAUUUUCUAUUACGCGGUGGAGGACAAACCAAAACAUGGGUUGUUGGUCAUAACAUUGUAACAAUAACAACGAGUGCCUGUAUGGGCAAUCAUGAUUGGAAGAGUUGUGCUUGCUACUGUUCUGAUUGGGCUGAAAUUACAAUACGAAAGCCUUCAUCGAUGGUUUCAUGGAUAAUGAAGUUUGAAAAUCAAAUCGGAACUUUUGCUAAUGAUUUCUCAUUUCAUGAUUUAACUGCAUUAUUUUCUGAUAAAGAAAUCGAUCCAGGCAAUUCCAAUGGGAUUCUAAUUCGAAAGAGAAAUGAAGAAUCGGAUAAUAGCUUAGUCGAUGAGCUUCCACUUGAAAAGUCAAUUGAAAAUAUUACAGUUCAGGAAGAUAUUAAAGAAAAUAUUAUUCCAUUGCAAUUUACAGCAAGCGACUCUUCAGUUGGCAGUUAUAUGACACAACCGAUUAAUAUUCCAUCAAAACAAGAAACUGAAGAAGGUAAUAUAGCUGGUGAUGAUGAAAUUUCAUAUGAUGGUGAAGAGUGUGAUGACCCUAAGCGAAAUCCUGUUCGACGUGUCAACUCGUCACCUGAAAUGCGUUCGAAUUGGAAGAUCAACUUGAAUAAUAAAUCUUCGAAAGAGAGUAAAUCAGGCUCAAGCUCUAACGAUACUGUUUCUGACGAUCAUGAAGAAACAACGAAACCAGUUGAAUUAGAGAUUCAACAGAAGAAAAAAUCGAGCUACUCUAAAGAAACGAAAGUCAGUUGCGAAGCUAUUCCCGAAGAAGUUAUUACUUCGGGACAAAAGGAAGAUGGAAAUGAAAAGUCACUAACAACAAGACCCGUUCAAUUACUUAGUUCAAUUUCUGCUCAAGAAACUCCUAAUGUCGCUUCUGUUCCCAAAAAACAACAUUCAGCUGAUGACACUUUUCAACUUCGUCGUUCAGAAUCAAAUACUAGUCAAGCAGGUCAAGUGAAAAAUAAUGAAUGGGGCUCUGUAGCUUCAAGCAAUUUGCCUUUAUCACCACGCUAUGGUAAACAUGCUCUCGUGACGCGUCAAGUAAGCCAUCAAGCUCAAGUAGAAAAUGACGAAAUGGGAAUACGAGCACGAUCGAAAACAAUUUCUGUUAUUGGAGGAAACAAAGAAGCUUAUAUGAAACAUGGCAAUAAUUCGGAUUUCUCGGUAUCAACAUCAUCGUUUGAUCAGUCACAACAAUCAACAUUGGCUACAUCAGGAAUAAGUCCAAGCUUUGUUUUCGUUCAACUAUUUAGUAGUGGAAAGAUCAACAGUAGUGAAAUCAUACCAGUGACUGAGAAGCAUAUGGUUACACUCAAUUUAUUAGACUUUAUUCCACCUUAUGAAAUACAUAAGAUUGGAGUUUUAUAUGUUACACAAGGACAAGCGAACAAUGAAGCAGAAAUUCUUCGAAAUCGAAGUGGAAGUACAAGAUAUAUUCAAUUUUUGCAUAAUCUUGGAUCGCUUAUAGCUAUCAAAGAUGCUAAAGAAGAGAAACUUUUUGUUAAUAUGGAAGCACCUCGAGAAGGAAAUUUCACAUAUGUUUGGCAUGAUGAUAUCAUUCAAAUGACUUUUCAUGUUGCUACAUUAAUGCCAACACUAGAAUCUGAUCCGAAUUGUCAUGAAAAGAAGAAAUACAUUGGAAAUGAUUAUGUGACAAUUGUUUACAAUGAUUCUGGUGAAGAUUAUGCUUUAAAUACCAUCAAGGGACAAUUUAAUUAUGCCUGUGUCAUUGUUCAACCUCUCGAAUUGGGUACUAAUCUAGUUUCGGUCAGAGCCAAGGGAGACAUUGAAGAUUUUUUCAAACAUUUGGAACCAAUGAUAAUUUCAGAUCGUGGGGCCCCCUUACUUGCGCGUCAGCUUGCUUUACAUGCCAAUAUGGCGUCACUGGUAUCAACCUCCUUGAAAAAUCGAAGUGUGAGCCCUUACGCUAAUAAUUGGCUCGAACGUUUAAGAAAAAUCAAACAUUUAAAGAGUAAACUCAUCAAUGAAACCAAGCAAGAUAAUCAACAGCCAACCUUAAAUAACACAAGUAAUACUUUAAAUUUUUUAAAAGAUGUUUUCACUAAAUAUUCUUAAAUACAUAAUUUAGCAUCUGUAAUUAUUACCAUGCUACUUUUAUUAAUCUAUUUUCGGAUAAUUUCGAUGAACAGAAGAAUUCGUUCAAUAAAGAAAAUAAUAAUUAAUAUUUAAAUUAAGUUAAACAUUCUUUUCUUCAUCAUUUAAAAUCG